AUGCCUGGGCAACUGCGCGCUGUCGUUAGCAAACCAAGCGGCACCCCGACGCCACCUCUCUUACUCGGUGCCCUAGCGGGCCGGAUCGAGAGCGUGGAGUGGUUCCUCAGUGACACUCCAUUCAGGCACUAUCUUACCUUCGCGAAGUCCAAGGCAGCCCGUGACGAUGCUAAGCUGAAGCACUUGGCUCAGGCACUAGGCGGAUUCAACGGCGCCAUUUCCAGAUGGCUUGAAAUCAGACUGGGAAUUGAGCACGACUCAGAUUCUUCCGUCUCCCCUGGGCUUCAGGACGGCAACAUGGACGGCGUCCGCGAGGGCACCGCGGAGGUCCAGCCCGCUGGCCCCGACGAGAGGCAGAAACGCCGAGGCACGGAUGCCAAUUUCCUCUAG